CCCCUGCAGCCCGGGAUGAUUGACAGCUCCGCCUCAGCUCCAGGACCAUCUUUGUCACCAGCGGCCGAGCUCGAGCAGCGGAGACAGAGCCGCGGAGAUGUCGGUGCCGCCAGCCGCCCCCCGGGGGGAGAUGGAGCCCCAGGGCCCGGGGGGCCCCCGGCCCCCCCCAACCUCACCAGCAACCGCCGGCUCCAGCAAACACAGGCCCAGGUCGACGAGGUGGUGGACAUCAUGCGGGUGAAUGUUGACAAGGUGCUGGAGCGAGACCAGAAGCUGUCGGAGCUGGAUGACCGGGCGGACGCUCUGCAGGCUGGAGCCUCGCAGUUCGAGAGCAGUGCAGCAAAGCUCAAACGCAAAUUCUGGUGGAAGAACAUGAAGAUGAUGAUUGUUCUGGGAGUGAUCUGUGCGAUUGUCCUCAUUGUUGUAAUCGUCUACUUCAGCACCUGAGUCGCAGCGAGAGAC